AUGUCUCUAACGGCAUCCGCGGUCACUCCGCUGGGGACCGUGCUUGCCUUCAACUCCAGCGACGGACGAGAGCCGCGGUGGAAGGAUCAGACGAACGGGCGCGAUCUGUACACGCAGUUCUCGAUCAGUCUGGCACUGGGCCUAGGCGCCUUUCUCUCAUUCUGUCUUCUGCGACCAAAGUGGUCAGAGCUCUAUGCGGCGCGACGACGGCAGCGCAAUGCCGCUUCCCGGUUACCAGAACUUCCCAAUAGCUUCUUUGGCUGGAUACCCGUCGUGUAUCGCAUUACAGAGGAUGAAAUCUUGGCGUCUGCUGGCCUGGAUGCAUAUGUGCUACUAUCCUUCUUCAAAUUCGCCAUCCGGUUCCUCUCCGCGGUUUUCUUCUUCGGUCUCACCGUCAUUCUGCCAUUACACUACAAAUAUGAAGGCCGGUACGGGAUCCCCGGGUGGGAUAAUGAUGGACCGCCGCACAACAAGACCGUGAUUGCGAUGGCCAAGGAUACAGACAAGGGCAAACUUAAAUCAGCUCCGCCGUAUCUCUGGAUCUACGUGCUGUUCACAUACAUCUUCACUGGGUUGGCUAUCUACUUGCUUCUUCAAGAAACGAACAAGAUCAUUCGGACCCGGCAGACCUAUCUCGCCAAUCAGACCAGCACGACCGACCGAACCGUUCGAUUGUCUGGCAUCCCACGAGAUUUGCUGUCUGAGGAGAAGGUUAGGGAUUUUGUGGAGGGCUUGAACAUUGGCAAGGUUGAGAGUGUCACGCUAUGCCGGAACUGGCGUGAGCUAGACAAUUUGGUCGACGAGCGAAUGACUAUUCUUCGAAACUUGGAGCGGGCUUGGACGACACAUUUGGGUUACAAAAGGCUACCAAGCGACGGGAACAGCGUGCGAUUGAUGAACCAGCGUGGAUCAGAUCUCCUCAACGACGAUGAUGAGCGAUCCCAGCUGCUCUCUGGUGCAGACCGAGGUCACGUCUCCGAAUACUCCGAGGAACGACCAAAAGCUCGCAUCUGGUACGGUCCGUUCAAGCUUCGAUUUCGGAUGGUCGAUGCGAUCGAUUACUACGAGGAGAAGCUACGGAAGACCGAUGAACACAUCCUACAAGCGCGCCAAAAUGAGUAUCGCCCCACCGAGAUUGCCUUCGUGACCAUGGAAUCCAUCGCUGCCUCUCAGAUGUUGGUGCAGGCCAUCCUUGACCCCCACCCUUUGCAGAUGUUUGCCCGGCUUGCCCCAGCCCCGGCCGAUGUGAUCUGGAAAAAUACAUAUCUAUCGCGCUUGCGCCGCAUGGCGCAGUCGUGGUCGAUCACUCUUGUGAUUGGGUUUCUCACCAUAUUCUGGUCGGUUCUCUUGAUUCCAUUUGCCUAUGUGUUGAAAUUGGAGACUCUCCAUAAAGUGUUCCCCAGUCUGGCCGAUGCCCUGGCUCUCCACCCAUUUCUGAAGUCCUUGGUUCAAACUGGUCUACCAACUUUGGGUCUCACGCUGUUGACUCUGGCUGUUCCGUACUUAUAUGAAUGGCUAUCCAAUAACCAAGGAAUGAUGUCCCGGGGCGAUGUGGAGUUGUCUCUCAUUUCGAAAAACUUCUUCUUCACCUUCUUCAACCUCUUCCUCGUCUUCACCGUUUUUAGUACGGCCACCAACUUCUACGGAUUUUGGCAGAAUUUUCGCGAUGCGUUCAAAGAUGCUACCACGGUUGCUUCUGCACUGGCACGGUCUCUGGAGGAUCUCUCACCGUUCUACAUCAAUCUCUUAGUCCUGCAGGGUGUCGGAAUUUUCCCAUUUCGGCUGUUGGAGUUCGGAAGUCUCUCCUUAUAUCCAAUCCGCUACCUGUUCGCGCGAACGCCGCGGGACUACUCAGAGCUCUCCACGCCGCCGGUGUUCAGCUACGGCUUCUCGAUCCCGCAGACGAUUCUCGUUCUGAUCAUCUGCAUUGUGUACAGCGUGUUCCCUAGCUCCUGGCUGAUCUGCCUCUUCGGCCUAGUCUACUUCACCAUCGGCCGUUUCAUCUACAAAUACCAGCUCCUGUACGCCAUGGACCACCAGCAGCAUUCCACGGGCCGUGCCUGGCCGAUGAUCUGCAACCGUCUGUUCAUCGGGCUGGUGGUCUACCAACUCGCCAUGAUCGGUGUUUUGGCCCUACGAUUGGCCAUCACCCGCUCGCUGCUUCUCGUGCCUCUGCUGGUCUUUACUGUCUGGUUUACCUACUGGUUCGCGCGCACGUACGAGCCACUCAUGAAAUUCAUCGCCCUCAAGAGUAUCAAUCGCGACCAGAUCGGUGGCGAACUCUCACCCUCGUCUUCUGCGAUCAUGUCGCCGUCCGGUCUCGACCGUGAUGCCCUCCCCGUGCACAUCGCAGGCCAGGAGCUCGAGCUGCGGUUCAAGAAGUAUGUGAACCCAAGUCUUCUGGUACCACUGCAUUCGGCUUGGCUUCCUGGUCGGAACUCGAGCCAGAAUAAUGGCAUUGGCAAUGGAGCGUCGGAAUUCGGAUUGCACCAAGUAUCGACUUGA